AUGGCCCAUGAAAUUGCUGGGGACAGAUUGCACUCUCUAGAGGCUGAGGAUAAAUUGCUUGACUUUGCCGGGGCGCCAAUGGACGAGGAAACACUGCACCAGCUAUACUUGUGGGUAGACAACAUUCCUCUUUCCCGGCCCAAGCGAAACCUUUCCCGAGACUUCAGUGAUGGAGUCCUCGUUGCUGAGGUCAUCAAGUUUUACUUUCCCAAGAUGGUGGAGAUGCACAACUAUGUGCCGGCCAACUCUCUCCAGCAGAAGCUCAGCAACUGGAGUCACCUGAAUAGGAAGGUGCUGAAUAAACUGAACUUCUCGGUACCAGAAGACAUAAUGCGAAAGAUUGCUCAAUGCGCCCCAGGUGUGGUGGAGUUAGUGCUCAUCCCACUGCGGCAGCGCUUGGAGGAGCGGCAGAAGCGCAGGAAGCAGGGCUUGGGCUCCUUACAGGAGCUGGCUCCCCAGGAUGGCAGUAGCUACAUGGAUGUGGGUUUGUCCCAGAAGGUCGGAGGAGAAGGUGUCCCAGAACCACAGGGAGGAGAACUGCUUAAGGGAGCCCGACUGCCCGCACCCCGCCCUCUGGGGUAUAGCCAGGCUGUACAAGGUGACCCAAGCUUCAUCCUUCAGAUCGCUGAAAAGGAGCAGGAGCUGUUGGCCUCACAGGAGACAGUGCAGGUCUUGCAGAUGAAGGUGAGGCGCCUGGAGCAUCUGCUGCAGCUCAAGAAUGUACGCAUCGAGGACCUCUCCAGGCGGCUGCAGCAGGCACAGCGGAAGCAGCGCUGA